AUGAGCGCCACACCACCGCCGCCGCUAGAUACGGCGGGAAAGAAGGGUCACGUGCGGAAUACGUCUUCAAUCGACGAGCGCAGAGUUGCGGUGCCGCGGAGGAGAACAAAGGGGCCGUUGGACUUUGAGGAGAACCCGCCCCCGAAGCUCUCCGACCUGCUCUCCCCCACCUCCCCGACCUCCACCCCCACAGCCAGACCACUCUCCCCCUCCCCCACCCCCAUCUCCCCGAAGUGUAAUGAGGCCGUGUGUCUGCUGUAUACGGGCCGCUUGGAGGAGGCGCGGGCGGUGCUGGAGGGGCUGGUGGAUGAGGGGAAGGUCGCGGCAGGCGGGGUGUUUAAUCUGGCGACGGUGUAUGAGCUGUGUAGUGAUGCGUCGAGGGGGUUGAAGAUGGGGCUGGCGGAGAGGGUGGCGGGGUUGGGGUUGAGAUGGGGACCUCGUGGGGAUCGGUCCUGUGGGUUGCAUGUAGUUGGGCCUACCCUUCGCCUCUCGCUUCUCCUUGUCAUCGACAGCUUUGGUCACGGCGUUCUAUCAAUUGCAAUAAAUGUAUCUAUUGUCAACAGUUGUUGA